AUGACCAGCGCUCCAAUUUCUGACGCCUCACACAACGCUGCCGCCUACUACGCCAGCUUUUCUAGUAGACCGGGAUUGGGUCAGAAAUUCAACGACAUUGAUCAAGCAGCGCAUUUUCGAGAUUAUCAACGGCGCCUCGAGGACAUAAACACAGAAAACUUCGUCCUCGAUUUUGGAAACGAUGACGCUUGGUGCGCGGUCAACCUCGACACAGGAGAUUUUGAGGCCUUGUUGGAAAAGCCUAAACCGAAAUGUUUCGGGACCAGGUGGAUCAAUAUAUGGGCACCAGAGAAACAGAAAGAAUCGAUUAGAUUGAUCACCAACAAAUAUGGUGUCUCGGAGAGACUGCAAGGAUUGAUGUGCACAGAGCCUGCCAGCCAAACCCCGAGGCCUGCUCCAGGGUCAGAAGCUGCAGACAGUACUCGACACUGGACAUUCAACCGCCAGUCCGAUCGAUCGCAUCCAAAAGAUCUCGAAGGCGCAUACGCCCUGAAGGAGCUGGUUGACCCUGAUACAAUCAGGGAACAGGCAGCAUCUUUGAACCUUACGUUUUCGGACAUCAUUAAUCAGAUCUGGCAUUUCUCGUCUGUGGAUUAUGGGCCAAAAUAUACUUGUGUCGGAUAUAAUUCAUUGUAUACGAUACCUGGAAUUGACAUUAAGAAUGACAGAGGUCUGCCUUCCGGUAAGAGGUUGUGGACAUGGAUAAUACUUUUCAGUGAUGGUACUGUCGUGUCGAUUCAAGAAAACCCAUUCCCAGGGACGUAUAUACCCAGUCCUGAGGAAAUAAGCACCGUUCUGAGCACCAUCCGCCGUAAUUUUGGCUUUAUCUUCUCCGGGGUGUCUAAGCAACACUCUAUUGCAUCCGCAAACGACUCUCUAGUGACGAUACGUGUACGGCAUUUCUCGAACAGCCAACCGGAUGACGGUAGUAUAUCCCAGGAGGAUGGCUCGAGCUUGUUGUUCUAUUACAUCUUUGACGACUGGGUAACAAGUUACCGACUCGUCGCCAGGAGAGAACAUAAGUAUGGCGCGUACCUCGAUGAUCUUAGAGAACAGAUGCUCGACAAGCCAGACGUGGAUCUAGUUAGUGAACUACAUUGGCUGGGCAGACGACUUGCUGUCUUGAAACGUCUCUAUCAAAGUUACGAGACGAUAAUAACACGCAUUUUGCAGAGACAACGUGUUUUGCGGGAUGAGGCACACUCGCAGCCUAACGCGUUUCUCACGGGCAGCAAUAUCUCGGAUGGAGAUCCCCAAGAUUGGCUGCAUCCCCCUCCAGGAAACGCCCUCAACAUAGCAUCUGGGAUUGACGCACCGCCAGGAGUGCUCCUGAGUUCUGCUGCUGUUGGCCGCUUCCAAAGGCUCAUCGAUCGCAUAAGAUUGUUCUGCCUAAGUGAGAUAGACACGUGCCUGACCGAGAAGGAGUCUCUCACAUUCCUGAAUUUCAAUCUCAUCGCUCUGAAGGAUUCGCAAGCCGUUGAAAAGCUGACACGGAUCACGAUCGUGCUAGCCAAGGCAACCAUGUUAUUCAUGCCCGUCAGUCUCAUGACGGCCUAUUUUUCGACGCAGAUCGAUGACCUGCAAGGCGUCUAUACAGCCCGUACCUAUUGGGUCUCGUUUGGAGUGAUUAUGGUCCUCACGAUUAUUGCUCUUGCCGUCUUUGGAUUUGCCAGUGACACAGUCGAGGGCAAGACGAUCUAUCGCUCGUUGCUGAGAACGUUUGUGGACUCCUCUAGGAACAAGCUCUCUACCCAGAAGAAAGGGCGAUAUCGAGAAUAG